GGCCCGGCAGGUACGCGGCGCGCUGUCCCGGCGCCCCCCGCCCCCUGCCAGGACGUCCCUCACCCAGCCCAGGGCCUAGUGGACCGGAAAGCCGCUCGGAAAAGUUUUCCCAAGGUCCAGCCUAGCCCCCAGACACUAUGUCGGACAGUGAUCUAGGUGAGGAUGAAGGCCUCCUCUCCCUGGCAGGCAAGAGGAAGCGCAGGGGGAACCUGCCCAAGGAGUCUGUGAAGAUCCUCCGGGACUGGCUGUAUUUGCACCGCUACAAUGCCUAUCCUUCAGAGCAGGAGAAGCUGAGCCUUUCUGGACAAACCAACCUGUCAGUGCUGCAGAUAUGUAACUGGUUCAUCAAUGCCCGGCGGCGGCUUCUCCCAGACAUGCUUCGGAAGGACGGCAAAGACCCUAAUCAGUUCACCAUUUCACGUCGCGGGGGUAAGGCCUCAGAUGUGGCCCUCCCCCGUGGCAGCAACCCUUCAGUGCUGGCUGUGUCUGUACCAGCCCCCACCAACGUGCUCUCCUUGUCCGUGUGCUCCAUGCCACUCCAUUCAGGCCAGGGGGAAAAGCCAGCAGCCCCCUUCCCACAGGGGGAGCUGGAGCCCCCCAAGCCCCUGACAACCCCUGGUAGUACACUCACCCUGCUGACCAGGGCUGAGGCAGGAAGCCCGACAGGUGGACUCUUCAACACACCACCACCCACGCCCCCAGAGCAGGACAAGGAGGAUUUCAGCAGCUUCCAGCUGCUGGUGGAGGUGGCACUACAGAGGGCUGCUGAGAUGGAGCUUCAGAAGCAGCAGGACCCAUCACCCCCAUUACUGCACACUCCCAUCCCUUUAGUCUCUGAAAACCCCAAGUAGGCAUCUGCCAACAGGGGUGCUCGAGGCUCAAGCCAGCUGUCCUGGGUUUCUGUUUUGGUUCCCUUCCAUACGGAGGGUUUUCUAUGGAUCAUUGCCAAACAUUGGGAUCAUCUCCUCAGUCCAGAGGUCGUCAGCAGGAAGGCCCAGCUGGCGUUGCUGCACUGUGAUGGGUCCUCUCCUCUGCUGACUCUGCGGUUUCUCCAGGCCUUCUCUCAGU